UGUUCGGUAACACAUUUGACUUUUCACUGUUUCAAAAAUAUGUUCGAUAAUUCUUUAGUCAAGCCAUAUUUCUUCUUAUAAAAAGACCAAAUCACUUCUCACACAAUAAUACAAACCUUUCAUCAAGAGGUAAUUAAUAUAAUAAAUCAUUUUAACCCCCCUUUCAAUAGUAAUGACGGACACAAUUGCUCCUUCAAGGGUUGAAAGCCUAGCAAGUAGUGGCAUUGAAUCCAUCCCUAAGGAGUAUGUUAGACUCAACGAAGAGCUAACUUCCAUGGGAAACGUCUUCGAGGAGGAAAAGAAAGACGAUGGAUAUCAAAUUCCAACUAUAGAUAUUAAAGACAUAGCGUCUAAGGAUCAAGAGGUUCGAGACAAGGGGAUCCAAGAGCUCAAAAGGGCCGCCAUGGAGUGGGGUGUGAUGCACCUCGUUAACCAUGGUAUUUCCGAUGAGCUUAUUCACCGCGUUAAGGUGGCCGGAGAGACCUUCUUCGAGCUUCCGGUGGAGGAGAAGGAGAAGUAUGCUAAUGAUCAAGCAUCAGGGAAUUUACAAGGGUUUGGAAGUAAGCUUGCUAAUAGUGUUAGUGGAAGACUUGAAUGGGAGGACUACUACUUUCACCUUUGUUUCCCUGAGGACAAAAGAGACUUUUCCAUUUGGCCUAAGACUCCUGCUGACUACAUAGCAGAUUCUACGAGUCGGCGGCGUCGGCGACGAACAAUUCAGGGUCGAGCGGGGAAUAGAACACUUGAUCAUCACAUUGCGUCGGCAGCAAAGUUUUUGGCGAGAUUUCGAAAGAAGUUUGCGCCACUUCCAUGUGCACGGUGCAAAAUCUGUGCGCCACUACCAUGUGUACGGUGCAAAUCUUGUUGUGAUGUUACUGUGACGGCGGCGGACAUGGGCUGAGAUGGCCGACCAGAGUUGGGCUGAGAUUGGCGGCGGCGUUGAGGGGAGGGGCGGAGAGGUGCCAGCAGGAGGAAGGGAGGGAGAGAGAAGAGAAGGAGAUGGGUGAUGAGGGAGGGGGGUGAAUUUGAUUUUAAAGGGCAGAAUCGUACUUUCACGUAAUAAAUUAGGGCGUUAUAAACGGAACAGGGCGUCGAAUAAAAAUCCCCUUACAAAAAAGACUAUUAAGUUGUGUAGUUAUACUACGUUUGGAUUUGUAAUGGUGGUAAAUUAUAUUUCCUUUGUUCUUAUUUAGUUGGUCCAGUUUAGUUUUAAAAUAUUAAAAUAUUUUUUGAUGGAUUUUGUUUUUUAUGUGUAAGGUAAAAUAUAAUAAUGUGAGAUUUUGUUAA